AUGAGCUCCACGAACCAGGGGAGUGAUGAUGGGGCCCGCGAGGAUGAGCUUGACCUGGGCCAGGAAGACGACGAGCUGCCCACGCAGACCAACGGACAUGUCGAGACCAACUCCGGUACUCGCAUCGACAGUGAACAAGAGAAGGAGCAGGAGCAAGAGCAGGACGAUCAAUUGAUCUACAAUGAUGCGCCAUUAUCGGUUGCAGCCAGCGACGACCAACUCAGCCAACGGGCGGGCUCCAUCGCUGAGACUGAAACCGCCUCCCGGCAGGGCUAUCCUGUCCGCGCUGCUGGGGGUGUGGCUGACACAGCAUCCCUCCCCGAUGACACUCCUUCUCUCCAUGGAUCUCUGCGCUCGUCCCCAAGCAGCAGCGCCUUCGCCCUCCGAGGGUCUCCCCGCCUCAGCCCCAGCCCUUCCCAUCGUCCAUUCGACCUGCGGUUUCAGUCGCGAUUGUCGUCCUCAUCGCUCAGUAGCCCUCGUCCAUCGUCACCCUAUUUGAUCCACCAACACUCUCGCCACUCCUCCUUUGCCAGCCAGACCUUUUCCUCCGCUCCGGACUCCGAGGUCGAGGCUCCGAAAGGGCCGUGGGAGGUCGUGCGAUGGACUAAGCUGCAAAAAAUCACGGGGCGGGCCUUUUCGGAGGUACCAAAGGUACGCACCUGGACUAUCCUACUAUGUGUAUGUGCCACCUCGACUAAUUACUCAGCUGUCGAAUGCGGUUCGGUCAUGUCCCUGGCCAUCUCGGCGGACCAUUCUACCGUCGCGGGAGGCCAUGCUUCAGGUGAUAUCUUCACCUGGGAGAUCUCGAGGGCUGCGCGACCAUUCCUUCAUAUCCCCCCCAUCUCUGCGGGUCAACGCGAAGCGCGAAAAUCCGAUGGCCACAUAUCGGGUGUCUCCGUCAUUCAUGUCGGUUUCCUGGGUACGAGGCGCACUGCGCUGGUCUCCGCUGAUGACCGCGGCAUGGCGUUCUCGCACCUCGCUACAAGAGGGAUGGGUGCAGUCGGGAGAACCGUCAAGACGACAAGGAUAUUAGGCCGGUAUCCCGAAACUCCGGCACCAGGCAGUCGACCGCGCAAGCCCAGCUCGGUGCUCGCCUUUUCCCCUCUCCCCCUGGGCAACGUGGAACAGCCGACGGAUGGCUUAGGUCUGGUCGCAAUGCUCACUCCUUACCUUCUGGUUAUUGUUUCCACCACCCCGAUCGCGCAGACUCAGUACAAGUCACCUCGACCAAAAGAGGUGGCCUCCCAUGGCGUCAUGACGGCCGCCUUGGCCUGGUUCCCGGCCAUCAAACUGAAGGGGAGAGACGAUACUUCCAAGACCAAACUCGUGUACUGUUGGUCGAAUGUGCUCACCGUGCUGGAGGUAUCGGAAGCAGAGCCCGAAGGAGAGCCGGGUAAAGACCGACCGCCCGUCCUCGACUUCCGACCCAGGAGCCGAUGGAGAGCUAAAGAGGCCAUUGUCGCGGUGCAGUGGCUGAGUCGCUCCGUCCUCGCGGUGCUGACUGUCACGCAACAGCUGCUGAUCCUGGAGGACCCUUCUCUCCCGGUGACGGAGUCGUUUGACUUGCUACACAAACACAUCUACCAUGUCGAUCUCUUCUCCUCGCAGCUCCAUACCUUGGUGGAGCAAUACAACGAGGAAGACCCGUCUAUGCACGGAGUGGUUGGAGAUGCGUUCUACCCAAGUUUUCGGGCCUACAAAGGCCGCCUGUUUCUUCUCGGCUACAAUGAUCUCUCGGUGGGCAGCCUCUCCAACUGGGCGGACCGGCUUCUUGCCUACAUGGAAGCGGGAGAUUUUGUCGCUGCGAUCCGACUGGCAACAUCGUACUAUCGGGGUGAUGCGGAGAAGCUUACCGUCGGUCUCCCCGAGGAGGACGAAUUGCGGCACUCCAUCGUCCGGGAAAGGCUGCUGGAGAUGAUGUCGGCUUCGCUCAAGUACGCAUUCGGCAGAAACCAAGAAGCGAGCACAGAACGACUGGGCAAGUCGCAGCUGGAAGAUCUGGCCGAUGCUUCUAUCGCGGCCUGUAUCUGCAUGGGGGAUUACGAUUUCUUGUGGGACGAAGUAUAUAACUGGUACGAAGAACAUGAUUCGGAAGCCAUCUUCCUGGACGUCCUUGAACCGUCCAUCCUCCAGGGUGCGGUGCGGUCCUUGCCGCCGACUGCUCUCAAGGCUUUGAUCAAUCACUACGCGACCAACCACACGUCCAGCCGGCUCGAGGAGAUCAUCUGUCUUCUCGAUCCGACAACCAUGGAUAUUGAACAGGUGACAACCCUGUGCAAGCAGCACAAUCUAUAUGAUGCCUUCAUCUACGUCUGGAAUCGCACUUUGGGAGACUACAUCGGACCGCUACAAGAGCUGCUGGAGCUUGCUGGACGGGUGACGGAGCCGCUGGUCAACGGGGACGCCGCGGCUGAUGGGGGAAAGAACUACGAUAACGCCAUGAAAAUGUUUCCGUAUCUCUCGUUCAUCCUCACGGGCCGGAUCUACCCUACCGGCGAGGAGAUGGAGGAGGACGAAGCGACGAAAGCCAAGACGGCACUGUAUACGUAUCUCUUCUCGGGCGGUCAUUCUUCUGCUCUGGACGCAAAGCCUAUCCCUCACCAGAGACAGUCGUUUGCAAGCCUUCGGGCGAUCCUCGAGUUUGACGCUCCCAGUUUCAUGAGCAUGCUUAACGAGGCGUUUGAGGACAGUUUCCUGAACGACUCGGCCGAGCUGACGAACGGUGACUCGAGCCAAGCGCUAGACGGUCUCUCUGCCAAGGGCUUGACUGUCAACCGACAGUAUCUGGUCAGCAUCCUGCUGGAGGUCAUGAGUGCGCCUCCCUUCGGCCCUGCCGAGACCAUCUAUCUGGACAUGUUUAUCGCCCGAAACCUACCGAAAUAUCCGCAGUAUGUUCUCCUCUCAGGGACCACUCUCCACCAGGUGCUUGAACGCCUUUGCCAGUAUCCGAGUGAGGAGAUGGCAGAGGAUUGCGAACUGAGUGUGGAGUAUUUGCUGUCUGUCUAUCGCCCCCCGGAUAUCCAAAGCCUGAUCCCGCUGUUCAAGGAGGCACGGUUCUUCCGGGUUCUCAAAUCGACGUACCGCUCCGAAAGGCAGUUCCCCGAGCUGAUCCUCGUGUAUCUCGAAGACAAGAGUGGGCAGGACUUGGUCUUCUCCUGCAUCCACGAUUGUCUCCGGCCGGGCUCCGGGCUGAGCACCAAGCAGCAGCGAGAUGUCCUUCAGGUGGUCAAGAGUCACGCGGGCGAGCUGGCCCGUAUCAACGUGUCCAAGGCUGCCCAGACGGUGCAACAGCUUGCGCCGGCCCUACACGAGUCUUUUCUCCGUGCCUUGGAUGAUGACGAAUACAAGCAGUUCCACUACCUGGGGACCCUGUUGGAGCCAGAGAUCCAUUCGACGACUGAGAGGAACCCUCCUGCCAAGUGGGAGAAUUGGAUGGUUGAACGCUACGUGCAACUGCUGUGCCGAUACAACCCUUCUCACGUGGCUGAUUUUGUGGAUGCCCUGCGCGUGGGUGAUCUGCGGCUGGAGGAGGUCCUCCCCGCGAUGGAGGGAAGCGGCGUGGUGGAUGCGGCUGUGAUCCUGUUGGCACGGCAGGGGCAGGUUCGAAGUGCGAUGGACCGACUCAUUGGUCAUCUGGGCACCCUGGAAUCCGGUCUGGCAGGGAUCCUGCGGAACGCGGGGGAAGCCCCGGAUUCUGCCAGCACAGCAGAAGCGAUCGGGGAUCUCCUGGAGUCGCUCGACAAGUACACGCGAGUGGGCACGUGGUUGUGCCAGGGCCAGACCAAGAGCUCCAAAAGGGUGCGGAAUGGUAUACCAAGCAGCAGCAAACGCGGUUCGACCGCGUUGCAACAGCCCUUGUCGUUUGAGGAGAAUCUCUGGCUCGACCUCAUCGAUACCGUGGUCCGGAUUGCCCGGAAUGUAUCGUCGCUGCUGCGUGACGCUCCAUCAGCAGCGGGGCUUUCCUCGAAGCAGGAGGGUGACGACGGCGCCGAGUUGACGUCGGCCCUUCGCAGACUGGUGCAGCAAGUCUUCACCGCACUCCUGACCAGUACGACCAAAGCGGGCGGACCGUCGUCCUCCGAGCGGACGGAUGUGUCCUUCCUUCGCAUUCUGCGGGCCUUUCUCACCCGGGCGGCCAGCUGGUCGCCGUCGCUGUCCGAGUUGCGUGCGGUGCUGGCGUCCAUCUUCUCGGCGUACACUUACGAGGAGUCGCUUCUGGCGCUGGCCAACGGGAUGCUGGACAAGGACCUGUUCGUCCACGUGGAUGAGGUGACGAAGCUGCGGCAGCGCGGGUGGCGGCCGAGGGGACAGGUCUGUGAGAUCUGCCGGCGGCGAGUCUGGGGGCCUGGAGCUGGGGGGUCGUUGUGGGAAGCGUGGGAGAGGCGGCAAGUGGAAGAAAACCGACGUCUCGAGGCCAAGCGUCUGGCCAGUGUUGACGCACAGGGAAAAGGCAAGAGGCCCAGCCAAGCGGGGGUCGAUGAGCAGCAGCAUCCGUUCGGCGAGGGGGAGGAUUCCCCGGAGAGGGGCAACGAUGCGGAGCACGAGCUAGGACCGGUGGUGAUCUUUGCCUGUCGACAUCUGUAUCACCAACAGUGUCUGGCGAACGCGCCGGGCCCCCGAUCGGAGCACGACCCCAAUCAGGACAACCGGGGUCAUCGAUCGCAUGCGCUGGUGCGUGAUCCGGGUCGCGAACUGACGUGCCCGGUUUGUACAUAA